UGCUUAAGAGAAUCGUCGCCUUGAAUCAAAAAAGUACUUGGAUUUUGUGGAUCCGCAAACGUCAACAAACCGUCGCCACAUCGCCAUAAUGAAAUAAAGAGAGUUUAAAUUUGGUUGUUUAUAUCGCAUUAAUCACUGUUGAAGUGGAAACCUGAUAAAGAUUAUUGAAACGGAGCAGAGUUGCCCGCUGAAGUGGAGCUGCCGUUAACUGACGUGGACGUGCGGAGUUGUUGUAAUUUUUGUGCUGAUUAAACACAGCAGCUGCGGUCUGCAAGUAGCCAACAUGUCGAAGCGCCGUCGAGGUCAACCCAAUGACGGGCGGGGGGAGCUCGUCGAGUCCAUGGCAGAUGCGGAGGAUAAACACGAGAAGCCUGAUCUACGUGGCGAUAGACGCAACAUUGCCAUACUCCUCUUCCUGUAUGUACUGCAGGGUAUUCCCAUUGGCCUGAUUGCUGCCGUUCCCAUGCUGCUGCAGAAUCGUGGCGCUAGCUACAAACAGCAGGCAGAAUUCUCCUUUGCCUACUGGCCAUUUAGCAUCAAACUGCUCUGGGCGCCCAUUGUGGACUCGUUGUAUGUGCGACGCUUUGGACGCCGCAAGUCUUGGCUAGUCCCUGUGCAGUAUCUGCUGGGUGGCUUCAUGUUGUUGCUGUCCGCGCACGUGGAUCGCUGGCUGGGCGGCGAUGGCGUCGAUCCAAAUGUUCCGCUGCUGACGCUGCUCUUCUUCGUGCUGAACUUCUUGGCAGCCACCCAAGACAUCGCCGUCGAUGGCUGGGCACUGACCAUGCUGAAGCGCUGCAAUGUGGGUUACGCCUCCACCUGCAACAGUGUGGGACAAACAGCCGGGUACUUUCUGGGCUAUGUGGUGUUCAUUGCGCUCGAGUCCAAAGACUUUUGCAACUCGUAUCUGCGUGAUGUUCCCGCGGAUGCGGGCAUGAUAACACUGCCGCGUUUCCUAUGGUUCUGGGGCAUCACUUUCAUAGUGGCCACAACGCUGGUGGCGCUUUUCAAGAAGGAGAACGACAUUACCGAUGCUCACACGGAUGCACGGUAUAAGGAGGAGCACGAGUUGAAUAUCCAAGAGAGUUACAAGGUGCUGUGGGACAUGGUGAGAAAGCGACCUGUACAAAUCCUUGCAGCCAUUCUGCUCACAGUGAAAGUUACGUUUGCCGCCUCCGAUGGAGUCACAUCCCUGAAGCUCAUCGAUGCCGGCGUACCUAAGGAGAAGCUGGCACUGCUGGCCAUUCCCGUGAUUCCACUACAGCUCAUACUACCCAUCAUUGUUGGCAAAUACACCAAUGGACCUCGUCCCAUGGAUUUGUACCUGAGGGCCAUUCCCUGGAGGAUUGCCUUGGCCACUGUGGCCACGUUGAUCGCCUAUGCCACCCCGUAUCUGAUUUCGGGUGGCGAGGUGCCCGUCUAUUACUAUGUCCUGCUCGUCGUUAGCUAUGGAUGCUAUCAGGUAUUCCUAUAUUCUAUGUUUGUGGCUGCCAUGGCAUUCUUUGCCAAGAUCUCGGAUCCUGCCGUGGGCGGCACCUACAUGACAUUCCUGAAUACCCUCUGCAAUCUUGGCGGCAACUGGCCCAACACGGUGGUGCUCUGGCUAGUGGAUGUGCUGACCUGGAAAAAGUGCACCACACAGCCCGACAACACCUGCCUCAGCAAGGAGGAUCAGCAGGAGUGCACAAAAAGUACGGGCAAAUGUGAAAUAGUCUUUGAUGGUUACUAUCUGGAGGCGAUAGUGUGUGUGGUCUAUGGCAUCAUUUGGCUGCUGGUCGUGCGCAAAUGGAUACGGCAUUUACAGAAUCUACCGACGCGUGCCUGGAUGGUGGUGUCUCCUACGGCGAAGAAUAAGCUAAGGUAGCAAUUAAUUGUUUGAUCUUCGAUCUGCGCUAGUCGCAGUCUGUAGUACAAGAAGCUAAACUAGUGAACUAGGACUAGGACCAUUCUAGGCUAGGCGAAUUAUAAAUUGUUUGUAACUCCGUAUCCGUAUUGUUUUUUGUAACCUAAUAUUCCAAUGGAAAUAAAAGCAAAUUCAAUGUUGAGCAUA